UCAUCUUUUGUAGAUGAAUUGGCUAUUAUCUUGGAAUCGCUCUGUAGGCGGAUGCCGCGACUUGAGACAGAACAUCUUAAUCUGGAUGACAAACUUGACAUAAGCAACUCCAGCACUAAGGCUCAAGAAAAAUUACAGAAUAUUCUUUUAACGAUAAAGAUUUACGAAGCUCUCAUAUCCUUUAGAAUCGGCGCCUGGUCCGUAAACUGUACAGAUACCGCGCAAAAUGUUAAAAAUUUAUUCAAAGGAUACAUGAGAUUUGUUGAAUUUACUAAGCACAUACCAAAGGCUAAGAAGGGAGAAGGGAAAAAUAAAAAGACACAGAACGAUCCAAAUAAUACGACUAUAAAGAAAGCUGGCCGGUCGGGCAGUAUAAAAUUACAGCCCAGCAUCAUGGACUUGUCUACAGUGCACAAAAGUUUGUCGCUCUUCUACUUGAAAUCCGUUCCCUGGGCAACUGCGGAUCAAGCAGCCAUACUGAGAGAUUACAACGAUUUUUAUCAUUAUGUCCUGCGAACACUGUUGCAAAUUUUGCAUAGUGUUAAGUCGUUAACGGAAUACAAUUUACGGAAGCAUAAGGAACAAUAUAUGAAGACCUAUUUCGAAAUUGGAAAAAUGUUGUAUGAUUACAUUAUACUAGAUUUAAACAAAGUUCUCGAAACGGACGAACCGGGCACUAUAUUAGCAUUGGAAUGUUUCAAAGAGUUAUGUUGCUUAAUCUGCACCAUCUUCUCUUCCGAAUUGCCGCAUUUCCUCGACAUUGUUGUUCCUAAUAAGUCAACCCAAGCGGAAAAUCUUAACGCACAAUUGGAGAACAUGACUGCUGCUUUACGUGCGAGCUUCAGGACAUUCUUUAGCGAGAAAGAGGAACAUGAGGAGAAUUCCAAACAGAUACUUAGCAUAUUAUUGGAUAUUAUAUAUCAACUGACGCGGGAGAUCAAUUUUUAUGAAACAAAUGGCACUGAAGUAUUUGAUUCGAUGAUGAAAUUCACACAACUGGAAAAUAUGAAUCCUCAAGCUUCUUUGACUAUUUUCCAAAUUCUGUUAUGGAUAGAAGAGCGCAACAAGGAACAUGGGGAGUUAUUAAUCGAUAUCGCUUAUGCGUUGUGCGACAAAAUGGGUAGCAUCGACAAGGCUGACGUAUCGGAAAAUAAUAAAUAUAAAAUUAUCCACGAAGAUACAGCGGACAAACUUUACAAUUUGAUAAAUAGCUCGGUAAAGGAAAAAUUGGACAAUGUAUCUUGGUUGUUGGUGCGCCUUAAGGCCGAGCAAAAUGUCGUUUGCUCACCUGGCACGGAUCUCGAAGAACAUCAAGAAAAACUGAGAACGCAAGAACGGAGCUUAUGCAGACAGCUGUCGCACAUUAUACAGAUACUUUGUACAUUAGCUAACGUCGCUAUUAAACCGGGACCAUCCACGGACAUCAUGUUUAAAAAUUUACAAGUCUUGUACAACUUGCUUAGCAAUCUUACAAAAUAUUUCCAUGGAAAAUCCAGUAAACAAAAUGCAGCGUUUCAAUCAGUGAAAUUUAUUCAAGUGAUUCAGUCAGCUGGGAAACCAUUAAAAUCUGCGUUUUAUAAUUUAAUAACGCAUACUGAGGAAAAUCAAAAUGUAUCAAAGAAGGCUCAUUCAAACACGCAAAAGAACAAGAUUUUGAAGGAGACCAAAAUUAUACCCCGCGUGGUAUUUGAAAUCGAACAAUUUCACAACGAGAUUUUAUCACUCGAUAAAAAAACCGGCGUUCCACUUGAAACUUACAUAAAGCACAGCAUAACGCGAGAUUUCCGUAUAAAAAACACGCAAUUGACGGAAGCACUGCAGAAGAUGGAUAUAAGCACGCUAGAUACACAGAACUCUCGUCGCAGCAACGACGCAUCUAAUUCAGAUAUAAAUGUGUCUGUCGAAUCGUCUACAGAAACAUCAUCUUCAAAACGACCUAGGAAAAGCGACACGUCCUUAAAAUCGCCUACAAUAUCCCCGCCUUCAAAACGUUCUAGAAGAUCGUCAGAAUCUUAAAACCACAAGUGCCUUAUCUGAGAUGCCUCGUACAUCUUUGACCCUCAUUUUGAUACAAAGUUUAAUUUUACAUUCUACAUUAAUAAUAAGUAAUAAUUAUUUUUUUUUUUUUUAUAAAAGUCUAGUUACAUCAUGGGUCAUAUAUAAAGAAGAACACGUUUAUGAAGUAUAAAUAUUCUAUUACAAUGUUGAAUUAAAGUAUAAUAAACUAAAAUACAAUAACUUGCGUCAUCUCAUCAAUUAUAGGAUUAGUAAUCCUCUAGUUUAUAUAUUUUCAUUUUAUUUGUGAUCCCAUUCUACUUAACAUUCUUGACUCAGUGAACUAUAUGAUUGUACUUUUUACUGUCCGCAUACUUUGACUGCCAAGCUGCUUUCGGCACACAUUAAAUUAAUAAAUCUAAUAUAUUGUUUUAAUAUUUUACUGCUUUUCUUAAUGUCUUAAUAAAAUUCACAUUAUUUUUUAAAUGUCGAAUAUUUAUCGUACAGUUUUUCUUAAUCGGGUAAAAAUGAGACCGUUACUCACAAAUGGAUGGUCUUUGCGGAAAUUAUUACGCGCGCGUCACUUACAAUUUAGAUAUGGGUAACAUGGCACUCUCUUAAAGUGUUAUAAGCGGCGUCUAUACAAUGAGAAUUUAAGGCGCAAGAUUUAAGCUUUAAUUUGUGACGUCACUUCCGUUCUUAAGGCUUUCAAGUCCUUACUUUAGCUCUAAUCUCAAAUUCUCAAACAAUAAGGCGAAAUUUUAUUUUUGAACGGUUAAAAACUUACUGCUUACA